GGAUGUAACAGGAGCCGUGUGUUUUCCGCUGCGCCCUCGCCAUGGCUGCAUGGCUGUCCCGGAGUGUGACGCGAAGGUUCUGGCUUUCUCCGUGGCCCGGCGCCGCGGCCUGCCGGCGGGGGGGGGGAGGCCCGGCGUCCCGGGAAGCGCCUCGGACGGUGGAGGACCUCCCACACGUCAGCUUUGUGGAGAUGCUCUACAGGAUGUUGUUUAAGGGUUUCAACAACCGUCUGCAUGAGCUGCAGAUCUAUGAGAAGCAGCUUUAUGGGCCCAUAUAUAGAAACGGACUGCAGUCUGUUUCCCUGAACACUGCCAAGAUUCUGGAGGAGGUCCUGAGGAACGAGGAGAAGUUCCCCUGCAGAGGAGACAUGACAGUGUGGAGAGAGUAUCGUGAUUUGAGGGGAUUUGGCUACGGGCCUUUCACAGACGAGGGGGAGAAGUGGUACAGCCUGAGGGUGAUGCUGAAUAAGCGCAUGCUGCAUCCAAAGGACUCGGCUCAGUAUGACGCCGUCAUCAAUGACGUGGUUACGGACUUCAUGAAGAGGAUCUACUUCCUGCGUCAGGGCAGCACAACGGGGGACGUGGUGCCAGAUGUGGCCAAUGAGCUCUAUCACUUCUCACUGGAGGGUAUUGCCUCCAUACUGUUUGAGACGAGGCUCGGGUGUCUGAAGAAGGAAAUCCCUGCAGGGACCCAAGACUUCAUCAACGCCAUAGCCCUGAUGUUCUCCAACAACAUGCCUGUCUUUGUGACCCCCAAAUGGAGCCGCAGGCUGCUGCCCUACUGGGGGCGCUACGUGGCGGGCUGGGACGGUAUCUUCUGCUUCGCUAAAGGGUUGAUUGACAAGAAGAUGGAGGUGAUUCAGCAGCGCGUGGACAACAACGAGGACGUGCAGGGCGAGUACCUCACGUACCUCCUCUCCAACACUCAGAUGAGCACAAGAGACGUGUACGGCAGCAUCGCUGAGCUUCUGCUAGCUGGAGUGGACACGACCUCCAACACCCUCACGUGGGCUCUGCACCUGCUGUCCAAGUUCCCUGCAGCGCAGGACGCACUUUACCGAGAAGUGUCCACGGCGGUGGCGGCCGGCCGGAUUCCCUCCGCUGCCGAGGUCACGCGGAUGCAGUAUUUACGAGCCGUCAUCAAAGAGACCCUGAGGAUGUACCCGGUGGUUCCUAUCAACUCACGGAUCAUCGCAGAGAAGAGUGUUGUCAUUGGUGGAUAUCAAUUCCCAAAGAAAACCACUUUCACCUUUUGUCACUACGCCAUAAGUCACGACGAGGACGCCUUCCCAGAGCCGUUCACCUUCAAGCCAGAGAGAUGGCUCCGGGACGGCCGCCAGAGGCCAAACGCCUUCGCCUCCAUCCCUUUUGGCUUCGGCGUGAGAGGCUGCGUCGGGCGGCGCAUCGCCGAGCUUGAGAUGUAUCUGCUUCUGUUUCGGAUUAUAAGGCAGUUUGAAAUCAAACCAGACCCAAAUGUGGGGGAGUUGAAAUGCAUCCACCGCGCUGUUCUGAUACCAGACCGACCCGUCAAUCUGCACUUCGUGGAGCGAGGAGCCGGAAACGCAGCUUGAUUUGCUUUUAGCAGGUUUCUUCUAAUUAAAAUGUGUGUAUUAGGAGAACGAGACUUGGAACUUUUGGUAUUACAAAUGCAAGUCAAUAUAAAAUGCAUAUUAUUAUUAGUAUAUACAAAAAUGUAUUUCCUUUAUGUAUUUUUUCCAAAAAAUAAUUUUGCAAUUUUACUCGCUAUUCAAUAUUUUGAAGCAAAUUUCAAACCAAUGAGGUCUUCUGGAAUGUUAUUCACCCUGCAGAAUGUACAGAAGAGCGUUUUUUAGAAUGAGGUCAUGGAGAUAAUAUACAGUACCAUUAAGAAGUUAGGACACACUUUCUCAGAAACCUUUGACUGCUUCUGUAUGAGAAUUAACAAAAAGAUUAAGUAAAAUUGUUAUUUUUGUCAUCAGCAUUUUACUGUUUCUUGCCCGGCACCUGUUACUUCAUUUAGGUGGGAAUAAUUUACAUUUACAAAACAGGAAUUGUAAUAUUCAUUGUCAUAGCAAAUUCAAUAUGCACAAUGUGCACAACAAAACAUGUACCUUUUGCAUUCACUACUAACACCUGCACUGCUGCACUGAAAUAAACAAAACUAUGUAAC